GCCGACCACGAGAACAGGGCCGCGAAGGAAGCGCGCCGGCGUGCUGCCAAGGCCGAGGACCGGAAGCCUUGGGUCGAGAAGGACGAGCCGGAGAUCACCCGGCCCAGCAAGCCGCUGCGCCGCGAGGACGUCAAGGGGCUCCUGAUCGCCCUGGGCUUCGGUAUGUCGGCGAGCAAUUGGUGCUCGCAGCACCUCGGUUUCGUUCCGAGGAGUGCGGAGGCGGACCCUUUGUUGGACAGGCUGGAGGCCAUCGAGAAGGCCGUGCGCGGCUUGCACAUCCUGUGCAGGGACAGUUUGGCUCCGGAGGCGCUCGCGUGGCACAGGGCCAGAAAUCGAGGCCUGGCGUCCAUGGCCUAUUCCAAGUACGCCUCCCUGGAGCGGCGUGCGCUUGAGGCCUUCCAACUGGCGGCCGCGCAGCAUCUGGUGGCUCUCGAGCAUGAUGGCGUUGCGGUGCAUCGGGACGGCGCCGAGGCGGUGGUCGCCGCGGCCGCUGAAUUGGGCUUGCAGGUGGCCGUGAAGGAGACACCGGACCCCCUCCAGUAUGCGUCGGAGCAGUACCCGGAGUUCAACUGGAGCCUGCAGGCGGGCCGGUCCUACCGGGAGUUCGCGCAGGACGACAUGGGAGCCCUCAUCCGGAUGAGCUUGAAGAACCUCACGCGGCCAGCGCAGGCGGGCCACUUCACCCCGCCCGAGCCGCUCAACGACAGCUGCUGGACCAAAAGCCUGGUGGACGAGGUGUUGGGCUUGCUGAGCGGGCAAACCAUGGCGGCCCUCGACGGUGACAGGACUCGCGGGAAAGUCCUUUACUCCGACGGGGUGGUGGUCGACUUUGCCACCGGGGAGCGGCGGCUGGCUCAGCCGAGCGAUCGGAUGUCCUUGCACGCAGAGGCGACGUCGGCAACCUGGGUGCCCCCCGUGGACACGGAGGUUUUCCCCAAGGUCGAGGCGUUCCUGAAGACGGGCGCGCAAACCUUGGAACAGAACCAGGAGGGAAGGGCGGUGACAGAAGCCUUCGAGGAGCUGAAGAUUCACUCUGCUCUGUUGAGGCUCCUGAGGAAGUACGGCUCGUGGCUGCAGGUGCUGUACAUACUGCGCCUCUUCUCCCGCGCCGUCGCUGCUCUGGAACGGCUUUGCGAGCUCCUCUACCUCCAUGGACCGGGGUCCUCCGGCAAGGACGUGCUCAUGCUGAUCCUUCUCCGCUUCUUGGGCUACGAGCCGCAGCACUACGGGCUCCUCGUGAGCGGUCGGUACUUCGUGGCGGGCGCGAAAAGCGGCAAGGAAUCGGCAUCGCCGCAGCUCGACCAGAUGAGAGGCAAGCGCUUCAUCUGGGGCUCCGAGGUGCCGGAGCACGACGAUUUGGACACCGAUUUCCUCAAAGCUCUGUGUGAGCAAGGAGGAGCCCCCCUGACGGGCAGAGGCCUCUACAGAAAUCCCCGGAGCUUUCGCCCCAUGGGCGUCUUCUGCGCCACCAGCAACUUCCCGCCGAAGGUCAAGCAGAUCGACGACGACGGUUGGGCCCGCCGAGCUCGCGAAUGGCAGACCGAGGCCCGCUUCGUGGCCAGGCCGACAAAGAUCACAGAGCACAAG